AUGAAUGGCUGCAUAAUAUCAUCAUCACGUUCAAACAUUCUGUUUAGCAACUGUGUUGAGGCCCUCUAUAUCAAGGGAAAUACUUUCUCGUUCUGGAUAUUGAGUUUCUUCCCAAGGAAAUAAUUGUUUCGAUCAUGACUAAACAGUAAAAUGACAUUAAACAGGCCUCAUUAAUCUUUAUCUUGACAAAAUGCAAUGUUAUGAUAGAUUUUACCGUAACGUCUGCUAAUUUCGUUUUAUGUCAACAUGCCAUUGAGAGUGCAUUCUAUGAAGGACACUUUGAUCAGGCUGUAUAACUACACAUGCAAAAGAAUUUUCCACCACGACUCACCAUUAUGUCUACAUACUAUACGCAAUGAGCUCUUGAGAUUUGAAGGUGGCUCUGUCGACUUACAGAUAGACAACGAGACGGGAAUAGCAGUGAUGACUCUGAACAACCCAAGAAAAAUGAAUGCAAUGACAGGUAAAAUGAUGGUGGACAUGUCAGACUGUGUCCACGAGCUAGAACAGUGGCAAGAAGGUAAAGGUUUGAUACUACGUGGCGAGGGAGGCAACCUGUGCACCGGAGGGGAUCUCUGUUUCGUCAAGAAAGCACUGCACUUCGGCGACGAGAUGGCCAUCUAUCAACACGACACCUUAACAAGACUUCUCAAUCUCCCACUGAUCAGUGUCGCUCUAAUUCAAGGUCACGCGCUCGGGGGAGGAGCCGAGCUAUGCACCGCAUGCGACUACAGAGUGAUGUCUCCAGGUGGGAGAAUAGGCUUCGUCCAAAUUAAAAUGGGGCUUACCACGGCUUGGGGAGCCGCCACACGCCUGACCAAACUGCUGGGAAGGAGAAAAGCUUUAGAGCUCUUGUGCUCAGCUAAAAUACUUCUGCCGUCUGCUGCGCUGGUGAGCGGGCUGGUUGAUCACGUGCUUCCGGAAGGCUGUGAAAAUGAACUGCUGGAGACACAGAAGUGGUUGCUUGAAAAUUUCAUCGCCUUUGAUGCAAGUCUCAUGCGCGCCAUAAAGUCCCAAGUGGUCCACGCUGAGCAUGCUGCUGACGUCGCGCUAGCUCUUGAAAAGGAAAGAAAAUUGUUCGUACAAACUUGGGGUGGCCCAGCGCAACUGAAAGCAUUAGCAGCAAACAUCAAACACAAGGCACCUUUGAAAAGCUAAGUGUUACAAUUAAGAAUGAUUGAAUUACACCACUGCACUGAGAAAAAUAAACCGUGUACGUGAAACCCUUACAAAUAACAAGCCAUUCUUCUACUCGCUGAGAAAGAAACAAUUUUAAACAGUUUUUGUCCCACUUUAAGCUCAAAAACGUUGUCGUGGCUUUGGUCCAGUAUUUAGCAUCGGAUCAUCUGUGGAGAUGAAACUGAACUAUCUUGAUUACAUGUCUGGGAAUUCGGACUAAUAAUUAUCUAAAGCUUAUUAUGGAUCUACCUCUGUUUUUUUUUUCAUUGUAUGUAGUUUUUCUAAAAUAAUGUAACAUGUGUUCCCUUUAAGAAUAGAGAGGUAGGGCAUUGGCGCUGCUAAAGAAAUGCCAAAAAAACAAACAAAAAAACACUUAAAUUUGACUUGUAGACAUGAAUAUAUAAGACAUUAAU